GGGCUGCACAAAGACCUUCCUCGCCUGCCCCAGACAGAGCUGAGGACCCCUGGCCGUGGGCUUGGGUCUUGGCUUCACAGGAUGGGGCUGCCAGUGUCCUGGGCUCCUCCUGCCCUCUGGGUUCUAGGGUGCUGCGCCCUGCUCCUCUGGCUGUGGUCGCUGUGCACAGCCUGCCGCAGGCCUGAGGACGCUCUAGCCCCCAGGAAGAGGGUGCGGAGGCAGCGGGCGAGGCUGCAGGGCAGUGCGAUGGGAGCGGAAGCGUCCCUGCUGAGGCGGACCCACCUCUGCUCCCUCAGCAAGUCGGACACCAGACUGCACGAGCUGCACCGGGGCCCGCGCAGCAGCAGGGCCCUGCGGCCUGCCAGCAUGGAUCUCCUGCGCCCACACUGGCUGGAGGUGUCCAGGGACAUCACCGGACCGCGGGCAGCCCUCUCUGCCUUCCCGCGCCAGGAGCUGCCCUGGGCUCUGCCGGCAGCUGCAGCCACCGCAAGGUGCGCUGGCCCCGAGGCCACCUAUUCCAACGUGGGGCUGGCGGCCCUCCCCGGGGUCAGCUUGGCGGCCAGCCCUGUGGUGGCUGAGUAUGCCCGCGUCCAGAAGCGCAAAGGGACCCAACGCAGUCCCCAAGAGCCACAGCUGGGGAAGGCUGAGGUGACCCCGGCCGCUCAGGUGGACGUCCUGUACUCCAGGGUCUGCAAGCCUAGAAGGAGGGACCCAGGACCCACCACAGACCCGCUGAACCCCAAGGGCCGGGGAGCGAUUCUGGCCCUGGCGAGUGACCUGGCCUACGCGACCCUCCCGCUCAGCGCCCUGGAUGCGGACGGCAGCCCCCUGGAAAACGUGUAUGAGAGCAUCCCGGAGCUGGGGGACCCUGCUGGCAGCAGCAGCACGUGCGGAACCCGGACGCCCCCUGCUUCCAGCUGCCCCAGCCUAGGGAGGGGCUGGAGACCCCUCCCUGCCCCGAACACUCAAGGACUUGUGCUCCGGCCUCCAGAGAGGCCCGUCCCCCGCCCCGCCCCGCCUCACAGCUGACAGCGCCAGUCCCAGGUCCCCGGGCUGCCAGCCCGUGAGGUCCGUGAGGUCCUGGCCGCUCUGACAGCCGCGGCCUCCUCGAGCUCCAGAGAAGGCCCGCGUCUAAAUAAAGCGCCCUCGCAGGAGGAACGC